CUAACUAAUAUCCGGGAAGUGAGAGGAGAGGGUUCCGAUUCCAAUUCUGUCCCUCAUUGUUAUCGACAUAUCCUUUUUCUCUCUCUACCAUGGAUCUCGCUCCCCUUCUCUCUGUCCCGUUCCUCUUCUUCUUCUUCUUCUUCUUCCUCCUGUGCCUAGGCGGCGUUGAGGCCUCGAUCCACACCUACCACCUCGAACCCUUCAAGGAAGUCGGCAACGCCUUCCUCCUCUCCGGCGGCAGCGAGGGGAUCGUCGCCUCCGACCACAGCUCCUAUAUCAAGUUUGAGAAUGUCACUUUCCGGAGGCCCAAAGAAGCCGCUGAGCUCCAUUCAAGCAUGGAGCACAGUACUGGUCUGGUGCAAGCAAUAAUAUUUGAAGCAGCUGAUCGUGAUAAUAUUGGUGGGUCUGCUUAUGGCGGGCAAAGGUCAAUAUGCUGCACCCCUGACCUAGCUAAGCUCGAAGGCUGCAGACAAGGAGAAGUAAUUAGGCGACCCUCAUCUAACGAUCUUAACUGGCCUGUUGCAAUUAGUACACACUUCAGUGCAAAUUAUUUAUUCACAAAAUUGGACACUCAAGAAGUUUACAUCAAGAAAACAGGAAUGUAUAACCUCUUUUUUAUUUCAUGUGAUCCAAAGCUGAGAGGACUCAUGAUGAGUGGCAAGACAAUCUGGAAAAAUCCUGGUGGUUAUUUACCUGGACGUAUGGCUCCUCUAAUGAUGUUCUACUUAUUCAUGUCGCUGGCUUAUUUGCUACUUAUUGUUAUUUGGUUUUUCCAGUACGUGAAGUUUUGGAGGGAUAUAAUGCCAAUUCAGAACUGGAUAUCUCUGGUUAUUGCUCUUGGCCUGUUUGAAAUGACUCUUUGGUACUCUGAAUAUUUGAAUUUUAAUAGUAAUGGCAAAAGGCCUGUUGGAAUAACAACUUGGGUAGUGACUGUUGGGGCUGUCAGAAAAACAAUAUCACGGCUACUCAUUCUUUCGAUUUCCAUGGGAUAUGGUGUUGUCAGGCCAACUCUGGGAGGUCUAACGUCAAAAGUGCUUCUUCUCGGAUUAACAUAUUUUUUAGCAUCGGAGUCACUGGAUAUUGCUGAAAAUGUUGGAACUAUUAAUGACAUAUCAGGAAAAGCUAGACUUUUUCUUGUCCUUCCGAAUGCCUUUCUGGAUGCUUUUCUCAUUCUCUGGAUUUUUACAUCUCUUUCACGGACCCUGGAAAAACUGCAGGCAAGGAGGAGUUCAGUAAAGUUAGAUAUUUAUAGGAAGUUCACUAAUGCCUUGGCUGUUGCUGUGAUCGCGUCAGUUGCCUGGAUAGGAUAUGAGGUUUACUUUAAGGCGACAGAUCCAUACAGUGAAAGGUGGCAGAGUGCUUGGAUCAUUACAGCCUUUUGGGAUAUUCUUGCGUUUGCACUCCUGUGUGUGAUUUGCUAUCUAUGGACUCCAUCCCAAUGCUCACAAAGAUAUGCCUAUUCGGGUGAAGCAGUAGAGGGUGAUGAAGAGGCUCAAUCUCUUACAAAUGGUGCUUCUGAAGGUGAUAUUGGAUUGACGAAGCUGGAUAAAGAUAGGAACAAUCUGGAUCCUGCCAGAGCUUUUAGACUUGACGAUGAGGAAGAAGAGGACAAGCGGGAAUAGUAUUCCAUUAGCCAUAUACUUACUGUACCUGGGGUGGUUUUCCUUGAGCAGUGAGCCAAAUACCAGCUGUUAGAAUUGAAGAGUGCUCGAAAGGAACUACCAUGUUAUUCUUUCUCCUCCUUGUAGACCCACUAGUUGCUAAGGUAUGUGGAUCAUAGAUAAGUUGAGUUAAAAUGAGAACUUGAGACCCAUAGAGUCAUAGUUUCAUAUUUGUUCUUUCAAGUUGAGAUCAAUCUUAAGGUUUAUGUGGUGAAGUCCCAUAGAUGCUGUUCCAAUUAAUGCUGAAAGAGGAAUAGCAAAAUGAAAAGGGACAGUACUAAGAUAAGAGAAAUAUCGCAAACUAAGAAGGGGACCCUCCUAUCAUAUGGUUAAUUGAAGUGUCCUGUUAGGCCAGUAGUUUCGACAUUGUGUGGCUCUUUCACCUUCUGUUUUCAACGAGGUUUAAUUAGGGAUGUAACUGUGCUGCUUCCUGAAGUCAUCUGCUGUAUAGUUGGUAUGUGAUGUUGAUUGGCUAGCCUAGUAAUUCUGGCUCAAAAGAAAAAGACUUGAUCGAUCAUGUCGUGUUCGUUUUCGGUUAGAUAACAUCAUGAGGCCAAGGGCUUCUAUUGAAUA